UCGUCGCGAAGCACAUGAUCCCGAGCGGCGCUGCAGAGACUCCACUCGGUCCGGUUCGGCCCAAACAAAAACAACAAGGAGCGCGCGCGGAGAGAAAAACAAACCCCCAUCUGGAUUAUAUUUCCCCGAGCUGAACGCAUCCCGUCCGCUCAUGAGCAACAGAGGACCCCGAUGAGGCGCCCAGUCAGCUGACCUCCUCCCGCCGCCGCGCUCCACCCGGGGGCCAGUGAGGCUUCGGCCCGCCGUCACCAUUUCCCCUCCGACUCGUCCCCCCCGCAGCGUCUCCAAGCUGUUUCUCCGACGAGUUUUCCAGAAACUCGGACUGUUUCCCAAAGCCGAAGCUCCGCCCUCCCAGCCUGAGGUGAUGGGAAGCGUGCGAGCCAGCCAAUACAGCAUUGUGUCAUCCGAGGAGGACGGCAUGAAGCUCGCCGCCGCCGCCGCCGCCGCCGCCGCCGCCGCGCCCAACGGCUACGCCAAGAGCAAGGUGCUCACGCGGCACCGGCCGCAGAGCCGCUUCGUGAAGAAGGACGGCCACUGCAACGUGCAGUUCAUCAACGUGAGCGAGAAGGGGCAGCGCUACCUGGCCGACAUCUUCACCACCUGCGUGGACAUCCGCUGGCGCUGGAUGUUCAUCAUCUUCUGCCUCGCCUUCCUCCUGUCCUGGCUGUUCUUCGGCUGCGUCUUCUGGCUGGUGGCCAUCUUCCACGGCGACUCGGCCGGCGACGCCAAGAAGUGCGUCUCCAACGUGAGCAGCUUCACCGCCGCCUUCCUGUUCUCCAUCGAGACGCAGACCACCAUCGGCUACGGCUACCGCUACGUGACGGACGAGUGCCCCGUGGCCGUCUUCAUGGUGGUGUUCCAGAGCAUCGUGGGCUGCAUCAUCGACGCCUUCAUCAUCGGCGCCGUCAUGGCCAAGAUGGCGAAGCCCAAGAAGAGGAACGAGACGCUGGUGUUCAGCCACAACGCCACGGUGGCCAUGAGGGACAACAAGCUGUGCCUGAUGUGGCGCGUGGGCAACCUGAGGAAGAGCCACCUGGUGGAGGCGCACGUGCGGGCGCAGCUCCUGAAGUCGCGGACGACGGCGGAGGGCGAGUACAUCCCCCUCGACCAGACGGACAUCGACGUGGGCUUCGACAGCGGCGUGGACCGCAUCUUCCUGGUGUCGCCCAUCACCAUCGUCCACGAGAUCGGCGAGGGCAGCCCGUUCUACGACAUGAGCCGGCAGGACCUGGAGACCUCGGAGUUCGAGAUCGUGGUCAUCCUGGAGGGCAUGGUGGAGGCCACCGCCAUGACCACGCAGUGCCGCAGCUCCUACGUCGCCGGAGAGAUCCUCUGGGGCCACCGGUUCGACCCGGUGCUCUUCGAGGAGAAGAACUACUACAAGGUGGACUACUCCCGCUUCCACAAGACGUACGAGGUGGCGAGCACGCCGCUGUGCAGCGCCCGCGACCUCGCCGAGAAGAAGUACAUCCUGUCCGCCUCCAACUCCUUCUACUACGAGAACGAGAUGGCGCUGGAGAACAAGGAGGACACGGACGAGGGCAACGGGGGCAGCGUGGGGCCCGACGGCACCCAGGCCGACAACAUCUCGGAGGCCGAGCACGGCCAGGCUCCGGCGCCGGCACCGCCGCCGGAGCCCCGCCCCCUGAGACGAGAGUCGGAGAUAUGACUUCCCUGAGCUCUCAGCCCUCGACGCGAGGGAUGAUCGUCUCUCUGCUCCCUGGACGGCAC